AUGGAAGAAAAUUGUUCAUUAUCCACAACGACAAUAAUAACAGCAAAUGACAAUAAAAAGCGUACAUAUCAAAAGUGGUAUUCAAAAAGCUAUAAAUGGCUUGUUCAUGAACCGAAUAAAGGUGGAUUUUGUUGCAUAUGUCGGGAUUACUGGAAAUCAGCAGUACCAUUCUAUUCUGAGAUGAAUACAAGAACUAGAGGUGUCUUUACUACACAGUCGUUCACCAAUUGGAAAAAUGCACCUGGCCAGACAGAAGGGUCAGUAGCACAACAGUUAUUUAAUGUUAGUGAAUUGGAACGUCAAGAAAAUCGUCAGAGAUUUGGUGAUUCAUUAGAUGGCGCAUAUUUUUUAUUUAAAAAUGAACUUCCACAUACAACAUUAUAUGCACCAUUACUGGAAAUAUUAUCAAAAAUUGAUCGUGGUAAAAAAUUAUCAAUAUUUUUUGAUAAAUGUCAAAAGAAUGCUACGUAUGAUAGCAUAGCAACAGUAACAGAAUUAUUAGAAUCAACAAGUGAACUAAUCGAUAAACAAAUAUUAUCGAAAAUACGUGAAUCAAGAACUAUAUCAAUUAUGGCUGAUGAAGGCACAUAUAUAAAUCAUUACCAAAAUGUAUCAAUCUGUAUAAGUUAUUGUGAGCCAACAGAAUCGUUCAUUAGUUUAUUAAAAGUAAAAGUAAAAGAUAAAGAUGCACAAACUAUAUUUGAUACAAUUGUUAAAGAACUAGAAUCUAAAAAUAUUGAUAUGACAAAAAUUAGUUUUACUGGUUUUGAUGACGCGUCGUUGUUUAGUGGAGAAUUUAGUGGUGUAUCAGCAAAAUUUCGUCAGAUGCAUUCAAAUUCCAUAUUAUUUAUUCAUUGUCGUGCUCUUGUAUUACAGCUGUGUUUAUUGUCAGCAUGUAAAGAUAUAAUUGAAGUACAAGAAAGUUUAUUAACAUUGAAAUCAUUAUUCAAUUUUAUUAAUCGAUCGUCCAUUGGAUUAGCACGUUUUAAUGAUGUUCAAACAUUAAUGAAACAUCCACAGUUAAAAUUGAUUCAACCUGGUGAUACACGAUGGCUAUCAUAUUCUCGUUCUAUUAAUGCUGCCAUUCGUUGCUAUGAACCAUUAAUGAUAACUACUGGAACAUAUAGCUAG